GUUACAUUACAUUGAUACAUUUAUUACUGAUUCACUUUUGAUGAUUUUUAAACUGACUCCCAUAGAUUUACUCACUUAUGUUUAGAAUAAGUAGGUUUGCCCUCCAAGCAUCUUUUCCGUCCAUUAGUAAAACCUUGGAGUCUAAAUGUUCAUGCAUGGGGGUGGGGGGUACAGAAAGGUGGGGCCUAUGAUGGGUUUAUUGAUUAUUCAUGAGAGUGGGCUCAUAUAAAGGAGCUUCAGAGUUUAGUCCUCAGUUCAGCAUGGCCUCAUGCAAACUCAACGGAGUGUAAAUGAAAUUUUGUUGAUUUUCUGCAGAAUCUGCUGCAGAAACUGCUUAAUUUCUGUUUGAGUUGUGAAAAAGGGGGGUUGUUCUGAUGGACAUGGAGGAACCGGAGACCCCCAAAAGUGUUUUCCACCCGUUCAGUAUCCGUGGUCUGCUGGAGCGAGGGAAAGAAUAAAAGAGGGAGAGAACUGAAGGUACUCGUCUCACCGGACAGGAGUAGACAGUACAGUACACAAAGGGCUCCUGAAAGAGGCAGGGCCUGCCCAAAGGAAUCCUUAAUGACAGAUGGAAUGGAGUGCCCCCUGCUGGAGAAGCCUCCAUUCAGCUACAGCGCCCUGAUCGUGAUGGCGCUCGCCCACAGCCCCCGCCGCCAGCUUACACUCAGCGGCAUCUACGACUUCAUUGUGUCGCGGUUUCCGUACUACAGCAGGAAGGGGCGGGGCUGGCAGAACUCCAUCCGCCACAACCUGAGCCUCAACAAGUGCUUCGUCCGGGUGCCACGCCCACAAGACGACCCGGGCAAGGGAAGCUACUGGAUGAUCGACCCGUGCAGUGAGGUGUACAUUGGUGGAAGUCCGGGCAAGCUAACACAGUGCCAGCCGGCUAAUCGGGCGGAUAAGUCUGCAAAGAUAGUGAAGUGGAAGGCGGGGCUUGGACUGCCCAGCUCCUUUUAUUGGCCCAUGGCAUCAUUCCUGGCACUGCAGCAGCCAGUGUCUGCCCACCAGCAGGGUCACAGAUGGGCAGGAACCAGAUCCGAGGUUGCCGGACUGGGCACUGCAUCGUUUGUGCCAACCUCGGUUCCUGCUAUGGGUGCUAAUGGGGUAAUGCCCGGCCAACCUGCCCUGGUGGCAGAUUGCUCCAGUGCCAGGAAAGAUGCCAUACCCUCUGAGGGAACAGCGCACCCUAUGGGAAUCCUGCAGCAAUUCCACACUGACCCCGCCCUUAUUCACCCUGCAUACACGUAUCAUCCCAGCAUGACCAGCUCGUAUUGGCACAUUUGUAUUUAAAUUAAAUUUGUAUGUAAAUAAAUCUUGUUCAUUAUUUCAUAUUAUUACUAUAUUGUGUUCUGAUUUACAUUCUUCUUCUUAAUAUUAUUAUCAUAACUGUUCUGCUGGAUUUUUAAUUGCGUAGCAUUUUCAAGGUCCAAGGUUUGAUCAACAUCAUGGCAACUAUCUUAAAUACAAUAGCAACCACCUUGCCACAAUGUAGUAGUUAUCUAGACUCCACCUUGUAAUACUGUAGCAACCACCUGGGAUAUCAAAGCAACCAGCUAGCAACCACAUAGGAAUACCAAUGCAACAGCCUGGGAUAUAAUACCAACCACUAAGCAAUAACUUAAAACAAUCUUGAAAAAAAUCUUCAAAACCUGAGCAACCACCUUGCUACAAGGUAGCCCCCAUGUAGAGCCCAUUUAUCCAAAUCCUAGCAACCACCUGGGAUACAAUUGCAACCACUAAGCAACAUCACGACAACUGACUAACAUACCAUGCCAACCACCUUGUCACAAUGUAGCACCCAUCUUAUCAACACCAUAUCAACCACCUGGUCUACUAUAGCAAACAGCUAUAGUAUGCAGUAUAGUAGCUUUGCAUGCCAAAGCAACCAUUUGGGAUAACAUAGCAACUGCCUAGCAACCACCAUGCAACAUUAUGGCAAAUGACUUGAAUACCAUACCAACCACUUUGUCACAAUGUGGCAUCUAGAGCCCACUAUAACAUCAAUACUAUAACACAUUUUGGAACUGCUAAACAAACAUCUAGCAACCACA